AUGCUGCGUGUUGCGUGCAGGCGGCUGUAUCAGCAGGCGUCGCAGCUGGCAGUGACGGGCGCCGCCGGCGCCGCGCCCAGCCUACGGCUGGGACUCCCCGCCAGCGCGGCUGCGGCGCUGCUGGCCGUGCGUGGCGCCAAGACCACCACUGGCAUCGUGGGCCUGCCGGUGGUGCCGGAUGCGCGGGAGGAGCUCAAGGCGCAGCUGCAGGCUGUGCUGGACGCCGUGGCCAUCAUCCCGGAGCAUGCCGAGUACCGCAGGUCGGUUGAGAAGACGGUGCGGUACAAGCUGUCGCUGGCGUCGCAGGCCGACACCCCCGACGAGCAGCUGGAGGAGCUGCUGAGCAAGCAGCUGGAGGAGGAGAUCAAGCUGUGCAAGGAGGAGCUGAGCUUGAUACCCAAGAUGGCAGAGUGGAAGCCGUGGGAGGUGCCUGAGGGGUAUGAGGUCGAGUUUCUGGAGGAGCAGCAGGUGGAGGCCAAGGUUGGCGGCGCGCCCAAGUGA